AAUCUACUUAAUUGAAUUUCUUGGUGUACUGUAAUAAUGGCGGACAAGACCAGAAGAACGACCCUGUUCUUCGUGUUCUUGCUCUCUCUCUUCCUCGCUCUGGUUCCGACAUCGUCACACCGUCCCAAACUCAGGUUCGGUCGGAACGGCGAGUUCAAGAUUCUCCAAGUUGCCGAUAUGCACUUCGCAAACGGCGCAACUACUCGCUGUCUCGAUGUUCUUCCCACCCAGAAAGCUCACUGCUCCGACCUCAACACCACCGUCUUCAUGACGCGUGUCAUCGCCGCCGAGAAACCUGACCUCAUCGUCUUCACCGGUGAUAAUAUAUUUGGGUUUGAUGUUAAGGACCCUGUGAAGUCAAUGAACGCUGCUUUUGCUCCAGCGAUUGCCUCUAAGAUCCCAUGGGUUGCUAUAUUAGGAAACCAUGAUCAAGAAUCUACUUUGACACGACAAGAACUCAUGAAACACAUCGUGAAGCUUCCCAACACUUUGUCUCAAGUGAACCCUCCUGAGGCUGCUCAUUACAUUGAUGGGUUUGGUAACUACAAUCUCCAGAUCCGUGGAGCUGCUGAGUCCAGUCUACAGAACAAAUCUGUUCUCAAUCUUUAUUUUCUGGACAGUGGAGAUUACUCUAGUGUUCCUUACAUGGAAGGUUAUGAUUGGGUCAAGACUUCUCAGCAGUUUUGGUUUGAGAGAACUUCAAAACGUCUCCAGAGGGUGUACAACGGAGAGCCUAAUCCUCAGCAAGGUACAGCUCCAGGACUAGCUUACUUCCACAUUCCAUUACCAGAGUUUUGGAGUUUCGACUCAAAGAACGCGACAAAAGGAGUGAGACAAGAAGGUACAUACUCAGCUUCCACAAACUCUGGUUUCUUCACGACAUUGGUAACUAGAGGAGAUGUGAAGUCAGUGUUUGUGGGUCACGACCAUGUCAACGACUUUUGCGGUAAGCUCAAAGGUUUGAACUUAUGCUAUGGUGGUGGGUUUGGUUACCAUGCGUAUGGUAAAGCUGGUUGGGAAAGGAGAGCUAGAGUUGUGGUUGCUGAGUUGAAUAAGAAGAGGGCAGAUGUGAAAACGAUUAGGACAUGGAAGAGGCUUGAUGAUCAGCAUCUCUCUGUUAUUGAUGCUCAGGUUCUUUGGACCAGUUCUGUGAACGGAUCAGUUGCUCCUCGUUUAUGACUAUAUGUGGUUUGUAUGUUUCAUCUGAGUACAAUGUUUUGAGUUUGGUAGAAACUGUUUUGGUUUCAUA